CACAACAGAACUAUAUGGAAGCGCCUUCAAGGAAUUUUUGCCGGCUUAACGUUCCACGAUCUAUCCACAAAUCCAUGUUGAAAAUGACGGGAAUGAGUGGGAGGGGGAAAAUCCCCUCCCUGCCUAUAAAGUGUGUCGACCACGCUGUGCAUAUAGCAGGAUCUGUGAACGCAAGCAGAGUUCGGUUGAGCUUUAACACAACCUUUUGUUGGUGUGCCGGACACAAUGAUGAUCCUACGAGAAGCCACCGGUUUAGCUCCCAGACUAUGGAAAGUUGCGAUCCUGAUAACGAUCUACAUUCAACUCUUCUGUUUCUCUGUUGGGAGUCCGAUUGAAAAACAUCAUAAAAUAGACGUUGGAAAAUGCCUGAAUAUUUCAAGAGAGCUGCUUAAAGAGGUGAAAGAGAGUCUAAUGCAUCCCGACGUGACUGAAGGAUUUAACUGUAGCGACACUGAGAUUGUACUGGAAGACAUCACAGCGAAUCAGACCAGCACUGUCUGGGCUUGUACUCCGGAGCAGGAGGCCACUAGAUGCAAGGAACGUGGAAAGCGACAGAAUUGCCUCCGAUCCAGCCAGUGCUACCAAAAUAUCACCGCGGACCUGCAGAUCUACCAGGCUAAACUACAGAACUUCACCCAUGUCACCAAUAACGUGUGCAAGAACAUAGCCGACCUCUUGAAGGCUCUUAAUUCUGAUUCCACCUAUGAAGAUGUUUAUCUUGAAGGUGGCUCAACAACAGAUGAAGAGGAGAAAGCUGCCAUUAACUUUCCCCAGAGGAUGGCUUUAUGCAAAAUCCUACAGGCCUUCAAACUGCGUACUAUCACAAUCAACAGAGUGAUGAAUUAUAUGAGUGAAGCUGAAGAGUAGCUGUGAAAAAUGUAUACGUUCUCCACACAGUGGAACCAUUGUGUUUCCUUAACUUUUCUUUUGCACUAUUUAUACCAAAUAUUUACUGUAACGUUCCUCUUGGAACAAUUUAUUUAUUUAACUAUUUAUUUAUUAUUUAUCUUUUUGUGGGAUAGUUGUUAUAAUAUAUUAGCAACCACUAGGUCUGCUAACACAGA